AUGUCAGACAACGAAGAAGAGGCCAGUGUCAGCUUCGAGUCUGUCGACGAGUUACAGCAGCAUGGAAUCAACGCUCUCGACAUUGCCAAGCUCAAAGCCGCGGGUAUCGUCACCAUUGUCGGCGUCGCCCAGACUCCGCGCAAGAAUCUCCUCAAGAUCAAGGGUCUCUCAGAGGCCAAGGUAGAAAAGCUCAAGGAAACAUGCCCAAAGAUGUUGCCUCCCCCCUUCUUGACUGGCACAGAGAUCGCAGACAAAAGGCAGAAUGUUGUAUACAUCACCACAGGUUCCAAGUCUGUCGACGCCAUGCUCGGAGGAGGUAUCGCAACUCAGAGCAUUACCGAGAUUUUUGGCGAGUACCGAACCGGCAAAACCCAGCUUUGUCAUACCCUCUGCGUCGCCACCCAGCUCCCCGAAGAUCAAGGCGGCGGAGCCGGCAAAGUCGCUUACAUCGACACCGAGGGCACCUUCCGUCCUGACCGUGUCCGCGCCGUUGCAGACCGCUUUGGUGUCGACUCUGGUAUGGCACUCGACAACGUACUCUGUGCGAGGGCAUGGAGCAGCGAGCAGCAGUGCGAUCUACUGGUGGAUCUGGCCAUUCGGUUCGUCGAAGAUAGGAGCUACAAGCUGUUGAUUGUGGACAGUAUCAUGAAUCUGUUCCGUCAAGACUACUCUGGCAGAGGAGAGCUCUCCGAGAGGCAACAGAAACUGAACCAGUUCCUCGCCAGGCUGCAAAAGCUUUCUGAAGAGUUCAACCUUGCCAUCGUACUGACCAACCAGGUCCAGGCCGAUCCUGGUGCCGCUGCAAUGUUUGCCGCUGCCUCGAUGGCCAAGCCCGUUGGUGGUCACGUUCUCGCUCAUGCCUCUGCUACUCGUAUCGCUCUUCGAAAAGGUCGAGGCACAGAGCGUAUCGCCAAGCUUCAAGAUUCGCCCGAUAUGCCAGAAGGUGAAGCAACGUACAACUUGGGAUCAGGAGGUUGGGAAGAUCCCAACUAA